AUGGCGGAAAUAGGUAUUAUUGCCUCCAUCGUAGGUGUUGCUGGAGCAGGCUUCAAGCUGUCGCUCAUACUCAAUGCCAUCAGUUGCGAAGUCGCCAAUGCUGGCCUCGAAGUCCACAGUAUUUCCAAGACCGUCACUCUUUUCUCUCUGAUGCUGAAACAAACCGGCAAUGUCCUUCAAUCCGCAGAUUCAGUCCACUCCCGCGAAGCCGUCGAAACCGUCAAAUCCAUGGCAGAUGAGAGCACGAGGGUCUUUGAUGAAAUAAAUGAUAUGCUGGAUCGCGUGCGCACCAAGCCCACUACGGAAGGAACGUCACCUACCAUCCAACAAAGAUUCAGAUGGUGCUUUAAAAAACACAGGGUCAUAUAUCUCCUAGCGCAACUCGAGAGCUUGAAGCUGAGCCUAUCCUUGAUGCUUCAGAUCAUACAGCUGGGGAAGUUGAUGGCAUCCACCUCCCGAAGGGAUCUUCCCGAAGAGGUCGCCAUCAAGACCGAAGCCAUCAAGCAAGAGCGUGCCGAGGCACAGAAUGGGGUCAUCGUCCGUUACUGGCAGAUGAGCACAAUGGACCGAUUGUUCGAGGCGUCGCAAAAAGAAGACGAGGAAGAGAGGCAAGCAAUCGUUAACAACGAAACAGUCCAAGACGACCACUUGUCAAUGAUUGCCACGGACAGCUCUCAAGUGUCAGUCGAGGUUCCUCCUCCCGAAUAUGCUCCCUCGACCGCUCUAGCGAAGCUUCCCGUCUUUUCCCUAGGCGAAUUGGACCAGACCCUCCAUCAAAUGAAGGGAUCUCCCAAGGACAUGAUUCGAGUGUCCAAUCAAGCCAUUGACCCUCUCCUCGAAAGAUGGACUCUUUGGCGAGAGGUUCGUGAACGAAGACAUAAUCGUGAUGUCGGGGGGCGAUUUGCACCGUCGGUUCAAAAUCUCAAUGAAGACGAUGAGGACAGACCAUUCCAUGAGCGAUAUCGAGAGCGAGAAGAUAGUCCUCGUGGUUACUACUUAGAAGGCAACACUACCGACUGGCGGAAGCCCAACUCCGCAUCUGCACGCUAUGAGGCGUUCCGGAGGCGUAAGGAAUACUCGAAUUAUCAGCCCAGUGUGAGCGCUGCCAGCAGUGAUGUGGAAGAUUCGCCGGGCAGCGCCAGCUCCAAAAAGCGAAGAUCGAAACGCCAUAUAAUCGACUCGGGCUCAGAAUCGUCAGCGUCGGAACCCGAUCUUGCUCAACCAAAACCCAGACGGCGAAGCAGCGGCAGUCCCACGGCUGGCCGCAAAAUACCAUUCUCUGAAGGUGCUCCUGUCGCUCACACGUACACAGCACCGGCCCAACCUCCUCCUUGGAUGAUAGCCCAGACGACACCAGGCAGUGGUCGCGCACCAUCGGUAACAUCCGCUCAAUCGACAGCGUCCAGGUUAUCGUCACCGGCUUUCCAUCCUCCCGGCCAUCGACCCUGGGCAGCUCCGGAUCAGAGCCUAGGACAUCACAGCCAAUCAUCUCCGCUGCCACCGAUACAUACCGCCAACUCUUUAAAUCCUUACGCACCACCGCAACACCAUGUGGGGUUUCCUCGCUACGUCGGACAGCCACAAGCUCAGCCGUCGCCAUACGGCCCGCCCAGCCCUCAGUCAAGGUAUAUGUCACAACCUUCAACCCGAAUGGGACCACCUCCCAGACCGCUCUCUCAGGACGGCAAACCGGCAAGAUCACCUUCUCGGUUGUCGCAAUACGGCACACCUCCUCGCAGUCAUACCGGCCGAGAUGAUGAGAAGAGGCAUUCGAGAGAGAAAACGACGAAGCAAAACCUGCGGGAGGGUGCUACAAAGGGACUACUAGGAACCGGGGCAAUUGCGGGCUUUUUGGAAGCGCUGGAGGGACUCAGCCUCUAA